UUAAAACCUCUCUCCCAAAAUCUCUCCUUGUGUUCGUUUUUCCAUUUUCCGUUGUUCAAACUUGCAAGAAACCCAAUCUCAAGAGUCCAGGACCCAUCAAUUCUUCCGAAUUGCCAAGAAUCGAAGCAAAGCGAAACAGAAAACAGGAACUCCCAACCCAAAGCAAUAAUCGACCAAAGUUUGAAGCUUCCUACCCACUACAGCUCUUCCUUUGUGUUUGUCAAGCUUCCAAGUUUCAGUCUUUUACUGUUGCUAUAAUUGGAGAAGAUUCAAUCUUUCUGGAGAGAGAGAGAGAGAGAGAGAGAGAGAGAGAGAGAAGGAAGUCCUCAGAAAUUGGAGGAGCAAGAGAGAGAUCGGAGAUGGGGAGUUUGACUCUGACUCCAUGGCACCCUUCACAGCUCAAACCCUCUGGGUUUGAGCAGAAGGAUGCGUCUCUUUUCCCCUCUAGAAGGAAACUCAAAACCAGCAGGAACAAUAAGAGAUUCUCCGUUUCCAGUCCUGUGGCUAGGCUAUUUGGGCCAUCGAUCUUUGAAGCGUCCAAGCUGAAGGUGUUGUUUUUAGGGGUUGAUGAGAAGAAGCAUCCUGGCAAGCUGCCAAGGACUUACACACUAACCCACAGUGAUAUAACCUCCAAACUCACUUUGGCCAUCUCUCAGUCCAUAAACAACUCCCAGCUUCAGGGAUGGGCCAACAAGCUGUACAGAGAUGAAGUGGUGGCCGAGUGGAAGAAGGUGAAAGGCAAGAUGUCACUCCAUGUUCACUGCCACAUCAGUGGUGGCCAUUUCUUACUUGAUCUCUGUGCUAGGCUCAGAUACUUCAUCUUCUGCAAAGAACUUCCCGUGGUGCUCAAGGCCUUUGUUCAUGGGGAUGGGAAUCUGUUGAACCACUACCCGGAAUUGCAAGAGGCAUCGGUGUGGGUUUACUUUCACUCCACAAUUCCAGAAUUCAACAAGGUUGAGUGCUGGGGCCCACUCAUGGAUGCUGCAGCACCUCCUUCAAAGAGAAGGACCGGUGGUGGGACUCAGGCGGGUCCAGAGGUGGAAGGAGAAGAGAAGGGAAGGUCAUCAAGCAAUUGGGGGUUGCCAGAGCCAUGCCAAGAAGAUUGCAGCUGUUGUUUUCCACCCAUGAGCAUGAUCCCGUGGUCUCAAAACUUUCCCUUUGCUUCUCAAACUCAACAACCAGGCGAUUCCAAGACAGCGGUCCAGGAGGAGGGCUUGCAGCAGCAACCUUAGAGUAUUCGGAGUCUUUUGUUUUCGAACUGCUACACAUUUGAUUCGUCUCUCUGUCACACUUGUAAAUAGUGAAAUUUAGAGGGACUCGGAAUCAGUUGACCCUCCAUUCGUAAUGUUGAAGCGGGAAAGGGUGGGACGUUGAUCAAUCUUUUCAACCAAUAGCUGGUCUUUUUUUUGUGUGGGUGUUAUGACUCCAUUUUGGAGUGUAAGAUGACAGAUCUACUAGGUAUCCCAGUUGAUAGGAUACUAUAAUGUACACUCUCACGCUUUGUAUAGUAGAUUGGCUACUUGUCUGUAUAUAUUCCCAAAAGCUAUGGAAGUAUGUUGCCCCGAAGAGACUGAUGCA